UCGUGAAUUCACUCGUGAGAUUACUUCGCGAGCGCGCCUUUCGAGUUUGUCAAACCCGCGAGUGACGGACGGCAGAGUGCUGUAAGACAACGGUUCUCUUUCGCCGAAUUCAGAGUGGAGCGUCUGCAACCAUGGACAAUACUCUAAAAAACUUCCCGCUUCACGUGGACGUUGACUGCAACCAAAAUUACGUGCCCUCUGCUAUCGAACUCGUAGAAAGUUUGGAUGCACUGGGCACUGCAUUGCUAAGCGUCGGUUCAAUAAUCUUGGUCCUCACAGUAUACUUUUCUGCUAAUACCUGCCGCAAUAUCCUCUCCCAAAAAGAAUCGGAAUUUUAUAAAACAAAUGCUAUUAUAAUCCUAUCGGUAUAUCCUGUCGCAAGUGUCUGCAGUCUCAUGGCGAUUGCGAUACCAAGGGGUCAGUUACUAUCGGAGGCGGUAAUUCAGAUUUUCCUAACGAUUUCGCUGUACCGGCUCUACCUUCUUCUGCUGGAUUUCGGUCGCCGGAAGAUUAGCGAGACGCCAACGUUGAUGCUACGAGUCGGGCCCUGUUGCUGCUGGCCCUGUCUGCCCUUUCCGAACCUUCAAAUGACCGAUGCCAAUUUGUCUUGGAUAGGAAUUCUGGCCCUACAGCUUCCUAUUGCUCAGAGUGUUCUCCACUUCAUAUUGCUCUACAUGGCAGCCGAAGAUCCAAUGCUUGCCACUCAAUACGCCAUAUUUCUUCAACCGGUCAUGAUAAUUAGCAUACUGCUAGGGAUAUACAGUUUAACUAUCGCCACAAGGACUUUGCAUGCGGCAAUUCCAGAGGCCAAGUUACAUUUUAAGACGCUAGUGUUACAAUUGGUACUGUUAUUCUCGAAGCUGCAAACAGGUAUCAUCAAAGCCUUGCCUGCCGCGGGAGUAUUUCCAUGCAAUCCACCUCUCACCCCAGCAGUUUACGCCAACGUGACGUCCAACGCGCUGAUGCUAAUCGAGAUGAUGAUGCUCUGCUAUGCCGCGCGGCACAUGUAUUACGUCGAUCUGGAGAAGAAUCAAGAAGCGGAUGCAGCAGAGAGGACGCCGAGGACACCAGGUCAAGUAGACGCGACGAAUAGCAAUGACGGCAACAAACAGCUUCCAGCGACAGUGGAGACCGCGUAAGAUUUGACAAGUCAUCGAAGAUAUUAUUUAUUUGAAAAGACUUUCAUCGAGAAAUUUUGUAUUUCCCGAAGGCACGCCUGACGCAUACAACGGAGCAAAAUAGAUAAAUAUAAUAGAUAAACAAUAUAAUAAUAGAUAAAUAUAAUAAAUAAAAUAUAUAGUACAAUAUAAUAAUACUCAAGUAAAAAAAUAGCUCAGUGUUCUAAAUUCUUUUACUACAGAGCUCGCUCGGCACUGAUGCAAAGAUAGAACUGAUCUGCACAUUUUAGCGAUUCCAGACUGACUUUCUUUGAUCAAUUAGAAGAUGCAUUAUACCUUUUUUAUUUUCUUAAUUCUUCUCGCUUACCGGUGAUGAUUCUUACGAUGUAUAGGAAUAAGUAGGAACAUUGUACGAGUGUAAUGUUAAAAUCACGAAGAGUAUAGAUCUAGAUUCUAGUUUUAACUAUAAUUCUUUGUAAAUAGCAAUUUAUGUAAAAUUAUAUAACACAUUAAGUGCACAAACAAAUGUACAUACCUAUAUAUUUUAUAUAUAAUAAUUGAAGAGCUCCAUUUCUUAAGAGACAAAUUUAAGAAUUGAGGAAAACUAGUUGUAAAAAGUAUACUGUUUAACUUCUAUAUGAUUUAAGGAAACGGAAAAGAGAUGUGCGCAUUAAUUAAAUAUAAAAAUAAAAUUGUAGGAAUUAUUUUAUCACGAAUCGUAUGUGUGGAUCUCCUUUCUAAAUUUGGUAUACGUAAUCGUAAAACUAACGAGAGAAAAGAUGAUGCAUGUUCUCUGUUUCUAUUUAUAUUUAUCCAAAGUAUCAUCGUUCUUUCUUUCUGCAUAUCUUGAAGAGAAACGAUAAUAUUCCGAUAACACGUUUCUACGAAAUAUGUCAAAGUAUCUUUGUCUUAACUAUCUUUCUCUUCCAUGAAGAUGAACGUCCUGUAGAUAAGGACUGACACGAAGUCCGUCCUUCUUAUUUGUCUUUCGCUUUAUUUACGUCACCUAUUGCUCGUUCUCGUAAAUGUAAAAUUUUACAAUUUAAAACUUUGAGCUUUCUGACAUUUUUCCAAAGCUUAAAUUGGAUUCUCAUCUCUUAUUUUCAAUUUAAUAUUACUAAUACAUGUCAUUCGUUACUAUUAUAACUUGUUACAAUAUUGUUCUAAAAAUAUUACAAAAUAACUUAAUUAGUGUUAGAAACGUCUACGUGUAAAAAAAUUAAUACAAUGUGCAAAGAU